GGUGAGGUAAAGCACCACCUCUGCUCCCACCCACCAGAUCCUGGUCCAUCCUCACAUUAACGCGCGGCGCCCGUCAGGCAGCUCCAGUGUCUUUCACCUAAAGGACAGCCACGACCACCGGGAGCCAUCAGCGUUCCUCAGACAGGAUGGGCCUCCUGCCGCUGUUCACCUCCACGCUCCUGUUCAGCUGGACAACUUUGAAUGCAGCUUUAAAAAUAACAAAAGUGGACCUGUCCAUCGAGCCCAGUGCUGCUGUGUAUAGAGACACCAACGUGGCUAUGAGAUGCAAGGCCGAGGUUCUCACCUUCGGGACGGAGGCACUGAAUCGUGUGUACACCAUAUACAAAGGUGACAGUGUAAUCCUCAACAAGACAACCAGCUCCUCUGAGGAUUUGCUUUACCACCUGCCUCAGGCCAGAGUCUCCAACAAUGGCAAGUACAAGUGCAAGAUCAGCAUCAUGGGAGAGGAGAAGGCCAGUGAAGCUGCAACACUCACAGUGGAAGGCAUGUCAAUGCCCAUUCUCCGCUUCAACAAAGCUAAUAUCACUGAGGGGGAAUCAGUAACAGCCACAUGUUUAGCACCAGGAGAGACGGGUUCCCUUUUGUUCAGCUUCUAUGAUAACUCCAAGGAAGUCGAAAAUGCCAGGGUGACCUCCAACGAACUCACGUUUGUCCCUAAAGGCGUUGGGAACCACAUUAUUCACUGCUCCUACUUGGUCUUCGUCAUGCCAAACUCAUUCAAGUCCCAAACAAGCAACACAGUCACUCUUACCGUUGAAGAACUUUCCAUCGAACCAGUCCUGAAGAUUUCCCCUCAGGAUAAUGUCUACGAAGGUGACACUGUCAACAUCACUUGCUCGGUUAGUAAUGUUACGAAGGACUACCAAGCUGGAGAGCUCUUGCUGAGUCAGGACACCGAACUACUCAAGAGUGGAAAAACAUCUAUCCAUGUUAACUGGACUGCACAUGCAAGAACCCCAAUGCUUACCAUUAAAUGCCGGCUGUAUCUGAGAGAUGUAGUAAAAGUCGUCAACAAGACAAUUUCAGUGAGCGAGCUGUUCUCCGUGCCCACUCUCAAGAUGUCUGCUCUCGAAGUCUUUCAAGAAGAUGAAAUUAGUCUAACAUGCAGAAGUGAGAAACUGUCUUAUGAUAGACUUGAAGGAGAAUUCUUCAUUUACAGUCUUGAACCUUUUGACUACCAUAUGGUUCAUAAAGGGAAUGGAGUAUUCAUUGGUAAAGCCAAGACAAUUGAUUUCAACUAUACAUGUACAGCUGCUGCAAAGGGCAUCAAGAAGAAGAGCAAGGUGCUGACAAUUCAUCCUAAAGUUCCUGUCUCGACUCCAAAGAUCUGGGUCUCUGGCAGUGCAAUCCUCGGGAGGAAAGUUGAAAUCUUCUGUCUGUCAGACACAGGCACCCCACCCAUUACAUACACCCUGUGGAAGGCUAACAAACAAAACCAAAUUGCCGUUGUUCAUGAGUUCAAUAAAGCUGCUAACUUUACAAUCGUCAUCAAUGAACCUGGAAGACUAAACCACUACCUUUGCAAAGCAAGUAAUGGGAACAGGACGCCUGAGCAAAGUGAUAAACUCCAAACAGCUGUCAUUGAGCCAAUGACUGAAGCAUAUCUGAUGGUCGUUCCUGACGUCGAUGACAUUUCCGAAGGACAUACGGUCAUCCUCAUUUGUUCCUUCUUGGGCACACCACCUGUAACAGUAAGGUGGCUCCGGGACAGUGAUGAUCUAAAUCCACUGAAGACCACAACCACAAAUAUUAACACCACAAGCUACGAAUUCGUUGUGAAUAAGGAACACACCGACAAUUACUACUGCCAGGCUGAGAACCGAGCCAACUCUGUUGAAAGUAAUAAAAUCAACUUAGUAGUCGGCAUGGCAAUGUGGAAGAAAUUACUGAUUCCUGGGACCAUAAUACUGUUGGUUUCCUCACUCGUGAUGGUGGGCUUUAUUCUGUUCACAAGAUCCAGGAGAGGAACUGGUGAAGGGUGUUCAGACUUAUCAGGUGGUUCAGACGAUGCAGCAGAGUUUGGAUGCAGCAGAUUAUAGGAAGUAUUUGGUGUGUUUUGCAUGUUUGUAGACAGAAACAUAAUUUUUCUUUCAACAUUAUAUUCCUUGUUCCGGUAGUGCAUAUUUAUAAGGAGUCAAAAGGGUCACGUGGAUUUAAGAUUCAAUAAAUACAAUCCUAGUGAAAUAAAUAAUUGUUUCACUUAUAUUUACUAUUGUUGUCAUGCAGGGUAUUAUACAUUAUUUAUUAUUUAUUUACCUUUUAAAUAUAGCCACUUUUGUUAAUGGCCAAAAGAUGAAUUGUUUCAUGAUAAACCACAGAACAGAAACCGUGAAAUAAUUAGAUAAAUAAUCACUUAGAUUUGCAUAGAACCAACAUUUUCAAGAAUUGCAUCUUGUUAAUUUUGUUGUAAUAAUAAUAAUAAUAGUAAUAAUAAUAAUAAUAAUAAUAUAUAAAAUAUUUAGAAGCAGCUGCUUCUGGUCUUUGUUCAAAAUGUCCAUCUUAAAAUCUCAAAUGAGUUUUAUAGGUUUUGGGAUGUAUUUACUGAAUGAUGAGACUUUUGCUUUAAUUAGUAAACAUUGUUUUUUAUUUCAUUUUAUUAUUAAUGAAUUAAAGCUAUCAGACCAUUGCUGAAUAAAUAUUAACCAAAGAAA